AUGUCGCUCUCAUUCAAGGGCCACACAGUCGUAGUCACCGGCGCCGGUGGAGGCCUCGGCAAGGCAUAUUGUCUUCUGUUCGGCUCGCGCGGCGCGAACGUCGUGGUGAACGACUUCAACGCUGCUGCAGCACAAGCAGUCGUAGAUGAGAUCAAGGCCGGCGGCGGAAACGCCGUCGCGCAGAUCGGAUCUGUAACGGAUGGCGCGGCAGUCAUCAAGGCCGCUGUCGACGCCUUCGGCACGGUCACUAUCCUCAUCAACAACGCCGGAAUCCUGCGGGAUAAGGGCUUCAAGAACAUGACGGACAAGGAGUGGGACCAGAUCCAGGAGGUGCACCUCAAGGGCGCAUUUGCCUGCACCAAGGCUGCAUGGCCUAUCUUCCGCAAACAGAAGUUCGGUCGUAUCGUCAACACCGCGAGCGCAGCAGGUCUCUUCGGCAACUUCGGCCAGGCGAACUACAGCGCAGCGAAGAUGGGUCUCGUCGCAUUCACCAAGACCCUCGCACGCGAGGGCGCCAAAUACAACAUCCUCUCCACCGCCAUCGCACCCAUUGCCGCCUCAGCGAUGACUGCAACAAUCAUGCCGCCAGAGAUGCUCGAGCAUUUCAAGCCCGAAUACGUUGCCCCACUCGUAGCGCUUGUCACACAUCCAGAAGGUGUUGACGCGAAUGGCCGCGUCUUCGUUCUUGGUGCUGGAUACGUCUCCGAGAUUCGUUGGGAACGUAGUAAGGGCGCCAUCUUCAAGACCGACGCUUCGUUCACACCGAGCGCUGUCAAGGCGCGCUGGGAAGAGGUCACGGACUUCACCAACCCCGACCACCCGCAGAGUAUGCAGGACGGCAACAUCAUCGAGAAGCUCGAGAAGGCGAAGAACAUGAAGCCGAACGAGCAGGCUACGCCCGAGACCCGCUUCGACGGCAAGACUGCCAUCAUCACCGGUGCAGGAGCAGGUCUAGGACGCGUCUAUGCGCUCAUGUACGGUCGCCUUGGCGCCAACGUCGUGGUGAACGAUGUGAGCGAGAAGGGCGCUGCUGCGGUCGUCGACGAGGUUAAGAAGGCUGGUGGCAAGGCUGUUGCUGCUGUUUGCUCAGCAGAAGAUGGCGAAGCCAUCGUGAAAGCGGCUCUUGACGCCUUUGGCGGUGUUCAUAUCCUCAUCGCAAACGCCGGUAUCCUCCGCGACAAGUCAUUCACCGCCAUGACCGAAGCCGAAUGGGACGCCGUCAUCGCCGUUCACCUGCGCGGUACAUACAGGUGUGCGAAGGCUGUAUGGCCCAUCUUCCAGAAGCAGAAGUACGGCCGUAUCGUGACGACUUCUUCCGGCGUUGGAAUCUACGGCAACUUUGGUCAAACGAACUACACGACCGCGAAAGCAGCCAUCAUCGGCCUCACACGCACACUCGCGAUUGAGGGCGCGAAGUACAACAUCCUCGCUAACGCCAUCGCGCCGUCCGCUGGUACCGCUAUGACUAUGACCGUCUGGCCGAAGGAGAUGGUCGACGCGUUCAAGCCUGACUUUGUUGCGCCCGUCGUUGGGUACCUCACGAGCGAGGAGAACGAGACAACUGGUGGUCUCUUUGAGGUUUCGGGCGGUUGGGCGGCGCAGGUUCGCUGGCAGCUUGCUGGUGGACAUGGGUUCUCGAUCAAGAAGGCGCUCACGCCCGAGGCGAUCAAGGAGAAGUGGGCGAAGAUCACCAACUUCGACGACGACCGCUCAUCGAACCCGGCAUCUACUCAAGAGGGCAUGGAGCCUCUCGUCGCUAACUUCAACAACGAAGGCGGCGAAGAAGAGUCUUCCUCCUCUUCCCCGCACGACGACCCCGAAGACUCCCAGCUCGUCCGCGACGCAAAGAAAGAAGUUCCCGAGCCCACAGAGUUCAGCUACACCGAGCGCGACGUGAUCCUGUACAAUCUCGGCAUCGGCGCGACAGAGAAGGAGCUCCAAUGGACGUUCGAAAACCACGAAGACUUCUCCGCGUUGCCCACGUUCGGCGUUAUCCCGCAGUUCCCCGCCAGCAGCUCACUGCCGCUCGACUUCCUGCCCAAUUUCAACCCCGCGAAGCUCUUGCACGGCGAGCAGUACCUCUCCAUCAAGGGCCCUAUUCCGACGUCUGCCGAGCUCGUCAACGAGGCGCGCUUGUUGGAGGUGCUCGAUAAGGGCAAGGCCGCGGCCGUCACUGCGAUCGUCACGACCAAGGACAAGCACUCCGGUAAAGUCAUCUUCGAGAACCAGAGCACGCUCGUCAUUCGCGGUUCGGGCGGAUUUGGCGGAAAGACCAAGGGCAGCGACCGUGGUGCGGCGAGCGCUGCGAACCCUGUGCCGAAGCGGGCACCAGACGCCGUCGUCGAGGAAAAGACGUUCGAGUCUCAGGCUGCGUUGUACCGCUUGAGCGGCGAUUACAACCCUCUGCAUAUUCAACCAGAGUUCGCAGCUGUCGGCGGCUUUGAUAAGCCCAUUCUGCAUGGUCUUUGCUUUAUGGGUAUCGCGGGAAAGCACGUGUUGAAGACGUACGGCGCUUUCAGCGAUAUCAAGGUUCGCUUCGCUAGCAGCGUUUACCCCGGCGAGACGCUCGUCACGGAGAUGUGGAAAGAGGGUAAUAAGGUCAUCUUCCAGACGAAGGUGAAGGAGCGCGGCACCAGUGUCCUCGCGGCAGCUGCUGCCACUCUUGCGGAGGGCGCACCCAAGGCGAAGCUAUAA